UCGGCCUUCCAUACUGAUCCAUCAUUGUGCCCAAGGUUAUUUCCACCAGGAGGCUGCACUGGAGAACAGACUGACCUAACAUUUGCAGCAAUGAGUGAUGUCUUCUGACUAUCUCCAGGAGUGUAGAAAUGCUCAUGCUAACCCAUCCGUAAAGUCCAGCAGCCAAACCCGGCUCACCUCAGACCCGGGCUGGGUGGCAGACAAAGAGCACCAGCAAGGUGGACCUCAGCUGCUCCCAGCCAGCAGCAAGUGUGUGUCUGCUUGCUUCUCCAGCCUGGAGAAGGAUGCUGAAGAAAUUGAACAGCCUGAGGAGGAUGGUGCAGGCCAGCUGCCAGAGAGAGAGGCAUCACAUCAUCGGUUUCGUCAUCAGAAAGGAGAUAUUCGAGAGGACAGGAAAUUGCAGCAGCACAAAACUGUCAGUGCAGGGUCCAGUCUCCAUGGAGACCCUGUGCAUAGCAUUAAAAUCACCUCCAUCACAGGGCAACCGAAACCGUCUUUGGUAGCAGAGAAGACCCCUCCUCAAGAAUCAUUCAUCUCCCAAGUGCCAUUACGAUUACAGAUCAAAGUGUCUGGACAGAGGGGUAGUUUGGGAAUCAGCAUUGCCGGUGGGAGAGGCUCCUUGCCUUACAAAGAGCAUGAUGAGGGCAUUUUUAUAUCCCGGGUAACUAAAGGGGGGCCGUCAGAAAAGGCAGGGAUCCAUGUUGGAGAUAGACUGCUGGAGGUCAACGGCCUCAAUAUGCAGGGGGCGACCCACCACGAGGCAGUCAGUGCCCUCAGGAAUGCUGGGAGUUGCAUCAAGAUGAAAGUGCUCAGAGAGAGGAUGCUGCCACGAGAGGUCUGCGUCCAGGACAGUCCGGCUCCCCAAGACGUCCCGAGUCGACCUCAGUGCAGCCAGGAUAGCGGAUACCAAAGAACUAAGCAGCCCAGGCUGGAGAGCUCAGUGGACUGCUUGUCCAAGAAGAUUAAGGCAGUUGUUUGUAAUGGCAAUGGAAUUCAGUCUGAUUUGGAAAGUGAUCCUAACUGGACCUUGCUUGAACGGGAUGCAGAGGCCCUGAUGAAAAAUAAUGCACUCCAACCAGGAAAAAAUACAAUGACGAUACCGCGGAUCAUCCUCACUCAUCCCUCUACCUCAGACGAAGACGUGGAGCCCUUGACACAAGGCCCCGACAGAGAGCAGCAAGACGACUUCGACAUUCAUGAUGAUCACAACCAAUCCGAUUGUUUCAGCAGUGCUUUCUACCCACCUUGACCACAGCCACCAGGCGUGUGUGAGGAGGAUAUUGACUGACUGGUAUUAACAAGCUCGCUUCAUGGUACUAAAUCAUUUACAGCGAUAUUUCCAUUAAAGAUUUAGUUUAUAGGAGAAAUUAUUGGAAUGUGUUUUUUACUGUCUUUGCAGAGCAAAUUAUUCUGCUUUCGGUUGUUUGGUCUAAUUUAAUGGCCGCUAUUAGUAUGUGGCAAUAUUAAAGACAUUUGCAAGAAUAAACAAUUUGAAUAGUCAGGGUUUUAUUUUAUUUUACUAUUUAUGUAUUUAUUAAU